GCGUACCCACGUUCACAUCGUCGCCAGUUGCGGAACUCACCAACACGGAUAUCCCGGCGAUCAAUUAGAGCCCGGAGUUCAGGCAGAUCCCCACUUGCAACGCGUAUAGAUAAAUAUUGUUAUAUAAGAUUAACAACUUGUGAAAUCAUCCAGUGUGCCAGUGCUUAAACCAAAAUGCUUGAAACCGAGGUGCUGCAACAACCAAAACUGAACGGACCGGCGGACAGUACCGGUGGCGACUAUGACUAUCCGUAUGUCUGUGGAUUGAGCACGGCGAUGAAGCAGGUGGCCAAGGAGGAGCUGCACGAGGACGAGAACAUCCGCCGGCAGGCGUUGGCCCAGUUCCGCGAGUGGAUCGACAAGCAUCCGCACAUCCGGAAGUGCCGCACGGACACGGUCUUCCUGCUGCGCUUCCUGCGCACCAAGAAGUUCUCCGUUCCGGCCGCCUGCGAAAUGCUCGAGCGUUACCUGACCAUCCGCCAGCUGUAUCCGCAGUGGUUCAAGCAGCUGGACAUCAACGACCCGGCCAUCAACGAGAUCUUCGAGAACGGAUACCUGGUGCCGCUGCCGCAGAGGGACUCCACCGGGCGACAGGUCAUCUUCUCCGUGGCCGCAAAAUUCGAUCCCUACAAGUUUACUUCGGUGCAAAUGGCGCGUGUCCACAGUCUGAUCUGCGAGGCUCUCCUGGAUGAUGAGGAUUCCCAGGUGGCCGGAUACGUGUACAUCAACGAUGAGAGUGGCAUGAACAUGGGCUUUGUGAGCCUGUGGUCUUUGACCGACCUGCGCAGCAUUGUGAAGUGCAUCCAGAAUUCGACGCCCAUGAGACACAAGGAGACGCACUUCGUCAACAUUCCCCAUUACGCCAAUCGGAUUAUCGAGCUGGGAGUGUCCAUGCUGAGCGACAAGCUUAAGAAGCGAAUCAUCGUUCACAAAAAUGUUGACAUCCUGAAGAACAAGAUCGAUCCCGCUAUCCUGCCAAAGGAAUACGGUGGAACUGUGCCAAUUGCCGACAUGAUCGCCGAGUUCAAGCAGAAACUCCUGAAGCGUCGGGCGGCGAUCCUUGCUCUGGAUGACAUGCAGAUCGAGAUCACCAAGGAUGCGGCCAAUUUUGCGGGAAAUGAUAUUGGCGACAUCGAUGCCGGAGUCGUGGGCAGUUUUAGGAAACUGGAAGUGGACUAGAUUCCUCAGUGCAAUAAUCCCAUCUCCGUAGGCUAAGCUAGGAUAGGCCAGGAUACCAUUGAGACAGUCGACAAGACGCGCGGGCAUGCACACUUCGUACCUAUUUAAAAAAAGCAUCACCACUAUUCUGUAUAACUAAGGUCUCGCCGGGAAUUGGGUCUUAAUUUAGUGCCCACUUUCCCGCCAAUCCGCAGUACCCCAAAAAUGGAUGGGGACUGCUGUUGAGCUUCCCAGUUGUAUAUUCCAUCCAUGCGUUACGUUAUGUUAAAUGAAUGUCUAUUUAAAUAUAUGUAUAUACUUAUUCUUGUGAAUUUGAA